UCAAGGUUAUUGUAUGAUAUAAAUAUUAAAAAUGGACGCAAACGUUCUUUGACCCAUUUGUUAUGAAAACUAUAUCCUACCUGGACAACAACUAGCUUGUGGACAACCAAUCUGUGAACUUUGUCUAGCAAAUUGGGUUGCUAGCUCAGUACAGAUUGUUCCUCAGGACAGAAUAUCUAGAAAAAUGGAGAAAUUUGUACGCUUCGAGAUGAAAUGAGUUAGCUCCGAAUGAUCCAACCUCGAGCCUGGAUGUCUUAAGCAUAUCCUUACAUAUCAGGAAUGAGUGGAAUUUUUGCAAAAAUAUGAAAAUAAAGUAGCUUUUGAAAUAUUCAGCUUGCAUUUAUUAGAGAUGACAAUGAAGGAGCACAAAAACGUCAGGCAAUGACCGAACAAGUCAUGAACAUACUUCGGGACUAUAGAUCCCUCAGUCAAAUGAAAUCGAGAGUUAGAGUGUGAAAAGUGAUAUUGCCAUUGGAAAGAUUCUGUUUGAUACUCUAUUAGUCACAAAAUCAAGGAAGAAAUGUCUAUAUUCAGCUGGAAGCAUUCCUACAGCCAUUAUCUAGCAUCAGUCUUACUCUAAAUUUUGGAUGUCCUUCAUGAGACCAAAGUACUAUGAGAUUGAACAGAAAUGGGCGAAUAAUUGAUUGAAUCUGUUGAGAACACUCUUUCUGCACUAAAUGUGGAAAUGGGGCACAGAGCCCUAUUCAUCAGAACAAGUUCUAUUGAUAUUUGGGCGUCUUCCUGAUGAUAUUUUGGAACUUAUAUAUCAUCUCGUUCACAAUAAACCUCAAGAUCAGCAUUAUAGUGAAGGAUUAUGGACAAUUCUGGAUAGUCAUAGCUACAAACGUCAUUGUAUUCAUUCUUGCAAAUUUGUAUUUCUUUUCAAUACUAUUUGUGAUACUAUUUUAUCUAAAAAUGAAGAGGACCCCUACAACAACUUUACGAAACAGAAUCAUAAGGGCAACCUGGCUUUGAAUCACAGUGUUGUACCCACCAGUGUGGAUAACCGUCGUUGUGCUUAGCCUUGUUUAUAUUUGGUUCUUCCAGAACUUAGGUAUCAUCUUUGGGGUCCAGAUGCUGAUCAUCCUCACUAUUUACUCAUUCCUCUGGGUUGUCAAGAAAUGUAACCAAUGAAGACUGGUAGCCAGGCAGAAUGCACAGCCAGUCAUAGCAGCAAACCAAGGAGCUGUAAAUGCUCAGCAGAAUCAGAUACAACAGCCAUUGCUAAAUCAGGUUCCUCAGCAGCCCCCUAACCAGGUAAACCAAAAUGACUCUUCUGAAUCUUCCUCAGACGAAGAUGACUUGGAGGAGAGCCCCAUGAUUUCUCCUGAAGAAGACAAGGAAGAAAAUAAGGAGGAAGAGAAGUACAACCUGAAUUCUGACAGAUACCCUUAUAACAUUUAGACUACCUUUAUGAUAAUCUUUGAUA